AUGAACCCUCAACUUGCAAACUUCAUCCUCAAGAGGACUCCAGAUUUUAUCCUGCAUCCAAAGACCAUGUCUGAUACUGUGUUUACACUCAACACCGGUGCCAAAAUCCCUGCUUUGGGACUCGGAACAUGGCAAUCUGCUCCCGGAGAAGUCAAGAAUGCAGUCGUGCAUGCUCUCAAAGUUGGCUACAGACACAUUGACGCCGCAUACGUCUAUGGCAAUGAAGACGAAGUCGGCGAGGGUUUGGCUGAAGGCUUCAAGUCUGGCAUCAAGCGCGAAGACGUCUUUGUAACCACCAGUACGACUCUCAUAAGUGACCGGAAAAUUGAACCAGAGCUGACACGUCCAAACAGANNGCUAUGGUGUACCUAUCAUUCCAGAGUAGAGGAGAACCUCGACCUCAGUCUGAAAUCCCUGGGUCUGGAUUAUGUCGAUCUGUACCUGAUGCACUGGCGUAAGUCCAUUAUCCAUCAUUUCCAAUCCCCAAUUUUAAUUCCCUUACAGCCNGUCCCCAUGAACCCCAACGGCAACGAUCCAAAAUUCCCCAAACACCCCGAUGGCACCCGCGAUCUCGACACCACCUGGUCCUACACCGACACCUGGAAACAGAUGGAAGCUGUCCUCAAGGCUGGAAAAGCAAAAGCAAUCGGCGUAGCAAACUUUUCAGUGCCCUUCCUCGAAGAACUGAUGAAGCACGCCAAAAUCACCCCCGCAGCCAACCAAAUCGAAAACCACCCAUAUCUGCCUCAACAAGAAAUCGUAGAUUACUGCAAACAAAAGGGCAUCUUGGUUACUGCAUACAGUCCUCUGGGAAGCACUGGCUCGCCACUGUUUCAAGAAAAGGAAAUCCAAGAGGUGGCCAAGAAACAUGAUACUAGUCCUGGAACCGUCUUGUUGAGUUAUCACAUCGCCCGCGGAAGUUCCGUGAUCCCGAAAUCGGUCACGCCGUCGAGGAUUGAGGAAAACUUGAGAUUGAUCAAGCUUGACUCUAGUGAUGUCAAGGCUUUGGAUAAAAUCUCCGAGACACAUCCUCCCAACCGUUUCGUGUAUCCUGCCUUUGGCGUCAAUCUUGGGUUCCCUGACAAGCAAUAA